UCCAAAACUUCUUAGAAGUCCCCCAGCAACAAUAUAAAAACCAUUUGUCAAAAGUGUUAGUGGAGCCGAAGUCUUAGUACAUGAAGCAAAUGGGAAGGACUCCUUGUUGUGAGAAAGGUCACACAAACAAAGGAGCAUGGGCUAGGGAAGAAGACGAGCGCUUAAUAGCUUACAUCCAAGCUCACGGUCAGGGUUGUUGGAGAUCGCUACCGAAAGCCGCCGGCCUACUUCGUUGCGGCAAGAGUUGCCGUCUCCGAUGGAUUAACUAUCUAAGACCCGAUGUUAAGCGAGGUAACUUCACCGAUGAAGAAGACGACAUCAUCAUUAAGCUACAUAACCGUCUCGGUAACAAGUGGUCGAAGAUAGCAUCGAGGUUACCGGGAAGAACAGAUAACGAGAUCAAGAAUCACUGGAAUACACACAUAAAGAGGAUGAUGCUGACUAAAGGUAUAGACCCCACAACACAUCGAUCCAUCAAUGAACAUGUCUCAUCGACGAUUGUUCUUAGAGAAGAUACGAAGAUCCAUGAUGAACUUAGUUGCAAUAACCAGAACAAACCAGAAGAAGAAAAGUGUCCGGAAUUGAGUCUUGAGCUGCGAAUAAGCCUUCCCUCUUCAAGUACAUGACUAUGAUAGCAAAAUCAUAGUACAAAUAGUUCUAAGUUUUAAAUUUCGAUAGUUCCCCUCUGGUUUUUAUAUUAACAAUAGGCUUUUAUC